UUUUAUUUAUUUUGACUAUUAUUUAUUUGAUUUCCAAAUGUCUCUACUUCAACGCAGACCUUUCUCUCACCUGUCGUCUCUGCUCCUCAUCAUGUCACUUCCCCUCUCUCGCUCAUUUUAUGUCACUGACUCCAACCCACUUCUAUCCUUCAGCAGUCACGUCAGAGAAGUCCACCUCUACACAGAUAACCACAGAAGAGGGAUGUAUCUGCAGAUGACGCAGGACGGGAGAGUGUCAGGGAGUGAUGUCCAGACACCUGAGAGUGUGCUGCAGCUGAAAUCUGUGAAACCAGGACACAUAGUCAUCCAGGGACGCUCAUCAGCUCUGUUCCUCUGCGUGGACAGCAAAGGCAGUUUGAGGGGACAGAGUCACUACACAGAAGCUGACUGCACCUUCCAGGAGCUGCUGCUGGCCGACGGAUAUACCCGCUUCCUGUCCUCCCACCAUGGAUUCCCCGUGUCUCUGGCAGCGAAACAUUCCCCGGGUCGACACUCGGUGCCUUUCACUCGGUUCCUGCCACUGAGGAACAUCCUGGCAAGAGAGGCUGUGUCAGAGGCACCGAUGGGCAGCCAGAGACAUUUCGACGUGGACUCGGACGACCUUUUCGGAAUGGGCCUUCAUUCUAUGGCAAGUCCUCAGUUCUCAGUGGACAAAUGAAUGAAUGAAUGAAUGAAUGAAUGAAGCAGGCAGAACCUGUGGACUUGAUUUUGUCACAAGACAAGCAGCUCAGUCUUUUUAUUUAUCAAUGAUAUACAUUAUUCUAACUUAUU